AGCAUGUUGGACGUUCAUGCGGUUCUGAGGGAGGUGUCUGUGGUCGACGCCCAGAAGAUCCUCGCGACAGCGCGAGCCGAGAAGGCGACCAAAGAAAAGGAGAUGCAAGCGAUGGGAGGGUCCAGGUACCAAGACCUCAUCGACGCCGCCGAUGAAAUCGUGAGAAUGCAUGAAGCCUCCCAGCGCCUCGACACGGCUCUACGCGAAAUGCCGAGUUUGUGGGAUAGCCUUGAGUCAAGUGUUGCGCUCGUGAUGGAACCUACAGCUGAAAAUGGCUCCUUUCCAACACUUGCAGCAGUUACUCUGCAGACGGAUGUUGGCAACUACAACUACACGGACGUCGUUGACAUCGUCGUAAGCGCAUCCGAGCGCAUGUGGGUCGCCAUGGAGCAAGGCAGUCCCCUCGACGCCCUUUCUAUCUUGAAUCAAGUCAAAGGUUUGGCAAUUCCUGAAAAGAAUGGCACCACGAGUGCUGAAACGGACCUGAUCGUGUUCGAACUCGACACCAUCGCUUCGUUUACGCACCGGAUUCUCUCCUGUGCUAAGCAAUGCCUCCGUGUACCGUCCAGGCCAACGACAUUCUACGAAGACGCUCUCUUCGUGAUUCGGGACCUCGAGCCUACAUCCACAGCGACCUCGUUGUGCGCCGAGUUCCUAGACGGACGGGACGCAGCAGCCACCACGUUACGGCAAUCUCGGUCCUUGGACAAACAGCACGUUGUGAUGAAGUCUCUUCAACUCAUUUUGUCCACCUUCGAUGACGCCACGGCCAUUUUCGCCGCCCCGUCCGCGAAACUCUUCGAUUCCGUCACAAGUGUCUCCCACCAUGAACUCGAAGCGGCAUGCACGACAUGGGCCAUCGAGGCCAUUCGCAAUUGGCGAGCCGACCUCGACAACCUGCUCACGUCGCUCCAUGACGUCGAAGCAGUUGCAACCCUCCAACAAUCGAUGCAAAACCUACUUGAAGGCCAUCGAGGCACGUUGGUGGCGUGGUGCGUUGUCCACGAAGCCAUGGGUCAGUCACCCCUCGACGAUGUCGAUCUCUGGGGAGUGUUUGCAUCGGAUCUGUUUGCAAAAACCACGCAGAGCCUCUUUCGUCAAGCGUUUGAUGCAGCCGCGACGCAGUUGACGUCGGCGCUGAAUCGCUAUAGCGACGACGUCGACGAUGACGGGGCCAACGACAGCAACGAUAAGGACGUGACGGCGUCGUUCGUUGCGCGCUUGGUGGCUAUUCAACGAAGCGAUUGCGCUCAGCCGACUCUGCAGCCGAUCCUGGCCUCCGAGUGCCUACGCGUGCUCUAUAAUGUCGUCACGACGCUCGUCGACACGGCGUUUUCCACGGCGCAUCUCCUCCAAGUGGCUCAGCAUUGCUUGGACUUGUCGGCUGCGAUGCCAACGCUUUUUUCACCUGACAGCCUCCAGCCAAGCGCUGCAUCAGGAGCGCAAACGUUGUGGCUAUCCAUUCAGGAAGUGUUCAAGGCUCACGCUGCUGACGAUGGGACAACACCCGAUGAAUCUUGGCUGCCAUUCUGUCGCUUACCACAACUUUGCGAGACGCUCGGCAUUCCCCUGCCUCGAUUUGAAUGGCUAGGCGACACUACACGCUUGACAUCGCACCACAUCCACUUUCUCCAUCUCGGCUCUGUUCAAGGAGGCGCUGCCACCGGCGCGGCAUUUGACCAGCUUGCCGACACAUUUUGUCACCGAUGGGUGGCGCAUGUCGUCCAGUGUUACGGAAAACCAAUGCUGGAUGCGCUGUCGACAUCUCGCUACUUUGGCUAUUCGAACGAGGAGUGGCGACGCGUCUACCAUGCCACGUGGACGCAAACCCCCGCAGCCAUCACGUCCGACGACGACGAUGACGAGAGCAAAGCCGACUCGCUGCUCGUGUGGCUCCCUUGGUGUGCGACGCCCGACGUGUCGCAUUUGCUCUUUGACGUGGCUGUGAAAAUGACAGCGACGUCGAUGGCGCUGUCCGGUGCCCUCCACGACCGCGUCAAGUUCCACGUUCGAAGCCAGCUCAAGCAGUGGAUUCUCGAAUUCAUUCGUUGUACCUUGGACGCUCUAUCCCGGCAUCGCGUGACGUCGGUGUCGUUUGGUCAAGCCUGUGCGUUGCAAUGCAUUUUCGACCUGUACUUUGUCCGGGUGCUCGUGGGCGAGUCGGCCUUUCUACGAUUCGGAUGGGGCGACAACGACGACAUGGCACCGCUCUUGGCGUGGGUGGAUCCCGUCGACUGGGAGCUCUUCGGCCCGGCCCUCGUCCACCUCGUCAAGCGGCAGUACCACAUGACUCGACUGCUCUUUUCAGUGUUUUUGUCCCAACCCGACUCGAACGACACGUUUGCCGACGCUGGGUUCGUCGUGUCGGAUGCUGGAUUGACCAUGUUGGAGGUGGCCGCACCCGUCCCGCGCUUUCCACUCCUCCCCGUGCCCCAGCCACUCAAGCGUGCGCCGUCGGCAACAACUCCCCAGCGGCUCUUGCCCCCUCCCGUCAACAUCAAAAUGUCCAACACAGCCCCACCGACCAAGCGUGCGUCGAUCCAUCAAAUCCUGUCGUCGUCGACGUCUCUUCUCACGAGUCACGCCACGGCGGCGUCGGUGACGGCAACGACAGCCGCCGCCAAAGGCAUGUCGCUGUUUUCAUCGGCCAGUUCAUAUUUAAGAGAGGCAUAGCUUGGAUGCAUCUUGUCGACAGUGUAAACACGCGCUAUCGAUUCAGGCGAUCCGUUAUCCGUGCC